UAGCUCAAUACCCACGACGUUGACGUGCGCUGACGUCAUCAACACGCGCCUCUCUAGGAGAGGACAUUUGUUUGAGAUGCACGUGAGCUUCAAAUGUCUGAAUAAACAUAGUUUGUUGAUUCAGUUAUUCUCACGACUUGAACUUGUUGGUCGUGCGGUAAAUAAAGAGCAGCGGUGCGUUUCAUAUCCCGGUGUUGUUCCAUCUCCGGGUCGUCUUUUUCCCCUUUCCCGGUACAGCCGCUUUACCAUGGCGGAGGCAGCCGCUGCUCCACAGUCACUGUCACCGGUGGCGGAGACAAAUACGACGGUGUCCACGCUGAUACCCACAGCGGAAAAAGCAGCAGAUACCGGUAAACGUAAGAGCAGUGGAGCCGAACCUUCAGGGCGAAGUAAGAGGCGAAGAGGAGCCGGGGGGAAGAAGCUUCCUGCCGGCGAGAGGUACGUCCCUCCUCCGCAGAAACGAAACCCUAGCGUCAGCUUCAGCCAGGAGCAUUUCAACGAGACCACCUACUACUACGAAGGUGGUCUUCGUAAAGUCCGACCCUAUUACUUUGACUUUAAAACCUACUGCAAAGGCCGCUGGGUGGGGAAGAGUCUGAAGGACGUGUUCGAGAGCGAGUUCAGAGUGGAGUCUAUAGAGUACUAUGAGGAGGCCGUCAAAGAAGGACGGAUCCGACUGAACGACACACCGGUGGAUGAUCUGUCCGUGGUUCUGAAGAACAACGACCUCUUAAAACACACUGUCCACCGCCAUGAGCCCCCAGUGGUGGGCAGACCUCUGGAGGUUCUGGUUGAUGACGGUGAGGUGCUCGUGGUGGACAAGCCCGCUUCCAUCCCAGUUCACCCCUGUGGCCGAUUUCGCCACAACUCGGUCAUUUUCAUACUUGGGAAAGAGCAGGGCAUUUCUGAGCUCCACACCGUCCACAGGCUGGACAGGCUGACCUCCGGAGUUCUGCUGUUCGCUAGGACAUUGGAGGUGUCGAAGAAACUGGACCAGAUGGUCAGAGACAGACAGCUUGAGAAGGAGUAUGUGUGCCGAGUGGAGGGGGAGUUUCCAGAGGGUGAGGUGGUCUGCGAGGAGCCCAUUCUGGUUACGUCGUUCAAAAUUGGCUUCUGUCGCGCGGACCCCAAGGGAAAGGACAGUCGAACCGUCUUCAACAGACUGAGUUUCAACGGCAAAACCAGUGUUGUCCGCUGCUUACCACUGACCGGCCGCACUCACCAGAUCAGGGUCCACCUGCAGUACCUGGGCUUUCCCAUCCUUAGCGAUCCCAUCUAUGGCUCCUCAGCCUGGGGUCCUCACAGGGGGAAGGGAGGCGUGACGGGAAGGAGUGACGAAGAGCUGCUAAAGGCUCUGAUGGAGGAACAUCAAUCUCAGGAAAGUCUUUUUGUUUCGGACGAUGGAUUCAGAACAAAAAUCAAGUCCUCCGAAAAAGACGAGAAGUCGGGCGUACCAUCCAAAGAAGACGUGGGCAGUAAAGGUUGUUCAACACAGUCACCUGAGGUCUGUGGCACAAGCGAGGUGGCAGUAAAUGAGACGAGCCAAGGCUCCGCAGACGGUGACGGCACCACAGUGGCGGCAGGUGAGGGACGUUUAUCAACAGAAUCAAAUGGACAUCAACCGUCCACCGACUCUAGAGACAAUCUGUGCAGUGAAUGUAAGCUGCUGAGACCUGAUCCCACGGAGAGGGAGCUCAUCAUGUACCUCCACGCUCUACGCUACAAAGGACCAGACUUUGAAUAUUCGACACGUUUACCCGACUGGGCCAGAGAAGACUGGGAAGAAUCUGAUUUAGCUACUGUUAAAAAGUGAAAAAAAUGUUUUAUUUUGUUUCUUGGAUGUUUAUGCUGAAGGAAAUCUCAUUUUAUGGUUUUAUGCCCAGCAAAUUUAAAUUAAUUUUCAUACUUGAGGCCCGGUGUUUUUGUCCAGUUCUCGGAACAAAUACUGAAAAGAAUCAAGAAGACAAACCUCCAGGGAAAUACAUAUAUAUUUUAUUCGAUUCCAGCUCUGUGAAAAAAUAAACAGUAAUGGCUGUAAAUGACA